UAAAGGACUCGUGGAGAAAAAAAAGGGUAGGGAUAAAGCAAGUAGAGGGUGAAAAUGACCAUGCUUUUUAUUGGAGAAAGGAAGAGACGCGUUCUCCCUAUCCUAUUUCGUUCGACAAGUUGAAUUUCAGUACGUUCCUGCUAAGCGAGCGAACGAACGAGCGAACAGUCGCGCUCGUGCGUUCGUAUUAACCGCAUCGAGCGGCCUUCUCCGUCGUAUUCUCGCUUUGAUCAAACGAGGAAAGAAAGAGAUUGAGAAAAAGAGAGAUGAUCGCCACUUACGAAUGAUUCGACAAUCGUCGACAGUUUGAGAGCAGAGUUGAAAACUCAAUCAAAAAAGACGACUUUCCGAAGAUUUUGCAAGAUAUAUUUUUCGAGUUACGGGGGGGAGAGACACAGAGAGAGAGAGAGAGAGAGAGAGAGAGAGAGAGAGAGAGAGGAGAAAAGCAAAUGUCGAUCCGCUACUAGACGCCUCUUCGUUCUCGGUGAAUAUGAAUGGAAACGAAGGAAUAGCAAUUUGAGGAACGAGCGAAGCUCGGUCCGAUUUGGAUCUAGCUUUUAGUGGGUGGAAGAAGAGAGAGAGAGAGAGAGAGAGAGAAGAAACGGAGUAAUAACAAGGAUAAUACUAAUAACGAUUGGGACGGGCCUAGGAGCUCGGCGAACGACGAAAAUUGCAAGAUUUGUCUGAAAGGCGAACACGAUCGUGAGGGAAUAAUAAAUCAGGAAAAGGAAGGGAUAAAGCGGGAGAGAAAGGGAAAGAAAAAAGUCUUGCUCGGCUCUCGGCAGAGUUAUCGGCGAGAAAUAGCAGAGAGAAGCAGUGGAUGAAUAAUAAUACGAGAAAAAAAGAAGAGGAAGAAAUAGAGACUAGGAAAUAGAACGAUGUGAAAGAAAGAGAGGAGAUACCUCGUGAUAGGAUAAUUCGAAAGGACGAAGCGUAACUCACGAGAUCGUGCACGAAGAUUAGAAUUUAAGGCACGCUGAAGAAUUCUUACAAAGAAUUAUCGCAAAGUGUAGAUAGUUUGGUCUAAGUGGAAAGGACAAAAUCCCGAAUUAUUCAUUGAGAAUUUUAGAGAAAAAAAGAAAAAAAAAGUGAUAUUUUUCACGAGCGUCUAAUUGAUUUCGCGAAGGGAGAAUAGAAAGUAGAAGUAAAAAUUUUAUUAAAACACUCGUUAGACCGUCGUUAGAUCGUCGUUAAAUCGUCGGUGAUGCUUUAAGAUUUUCAAAGGUAUACCGGAGAGAGUUCAACGUCACGUUUUCAGCACGAGGAUCGGUCUCGUGCCAACCUUAUCUACUGGCUAAUUUAUCGAACUUACCCUAUUAAAGAUAAUUACGUGACUGCUCGAUAGUACUACUUCUAAUCUAGCUUCCUAGGUAUCGCGGAAUAAUUUAUUUUAUUUCCUUCCUUUUCGACUCGAGAACGCAGAGAGGAAGCUUACGAAUGUAAUUCGUUUCGAGUUUGUUACUUCGUUUUAUCGCGAUUAACGGAAAAAUCUUGGUUCCUCGUGGAACGAAACGGGAUCGAAUUUUUACUUGUAACGAUAAAACUCCUAAGUGUUGUUCCGAUUCCCUAACGCUAUCGAUAUCUAACGACUUUGCUAAUGAUCCGAAGAGUAAAUGAUUAGGUAGUAAACAAAAAACCAACCAACUUUGUUCUAUCGUUUGUUUGCGGUUAAUCUUCUCUUUUAGUUUCUCCUACCUUUAGUUUUCUCACUCGACUAGAGAUCCAACUUUCAAAAGAGAGAUCACUCAAUAUUCUCAUAUAUCGUCGUUGUCUCAUAUACGGUGUGUGUGUGUGUGUGUGUGUGUUGCGGGUGCGUGCGCAACACGCGUGUGAAAACGAUGAUAAAGAGAAAAGAAAGAAAAAUGAUGAAGAAACGCAAAGAACAACGAAAGUGAUCUUACUUUAUUACUCGCGUCAGUUCAACGUCGUACGAUAGUCAGGGAGAACGUUUCCUUGCAAGGAUAAUAAAAAGAAGAAAACAGAAAAGAAGAGGAAAGAAAAGAAAAGAAACAGAUCAUUGAGAAAUGAAGAGAAACUUGGAAGGAUAUCCGCUCGUUUUGUCCUCGUCGAGAAAUUAUCUGGUUCUCAUUCUGAUCUUUCUAUCCGUGAAAGUAUCGACGAGCAACGAGCUUCGAAUGAGAAAAUGUUGUCCACCGCAAGAAAUUUUUUCCGGCCGAUCGAAGGUGGACUGCGUUCCCGCACCGAACCAGGCGAUGGAAUUGCAUCCUUUAUCGAAUGGCAUCAACUUAGGUAUUCCUAGGUGCGAGAAACCGGAGGAUAUCGCAACGACUUUUAUCAACGAGAUCAGAUCAGACGAUUUCCUCAGAAGUCCAGCUUGUUUGGAGAUUCUCCGAAAGGAGUCUUCCGACGAGGAGUUCCCAAUAAUCGUUCAUUGUCACUCGAACGAGGACGACACGAGGAAAGAAGCAACUGGAUUGUCCUUUCCAAAAAUCACAACGAUUCGAAGAUGUUGUCCGAAGGAUACCCUCUUCGAUCCCGAUACGAGAUUCUGCGUGCCAUCUAUAUCCUAUGUCAACGAUACCUCCUUCCUUUCUUCGGACGAUCCCUUUUUUUCUUUCUUACCGAUUAUUGACUCGAUCGAUUUUCUAGGAGUGACGAGAGGUCCACCCAAUUGUCCGCGAGUCAUAUUCGAUUUUCGUAUAAACUCAAGCAAUUUGAUCUUCGAGAAUCGAACUUUCAAAGGUACACUGUCGUUGAGCCAAAACGGACGUAGGGAAGAAGAGAUCAAGCUGACAGAAGAGAACGCUUGCGUCGAGCUAACUCCGGAAUCCACGAUCUCGAACGGAAAACUGAUCCUACGGCUCUGCCGAGAUGAAGAAAUUUGUUCGGAAAAGUCGUGCAUCAGAAAGUGCUGCCCGGAGGACCAGUUUUUGAUAUCAGGAAAAAGAGAAUGUCAAAAAUUGUAUGACGACUCGAUCACACCGAUCGAGUUUCACAAGGAGAUUUUGAAUUCGUCGAUUCACAAAGAUUUCUUCAGAGAAGAUUAUGGUCUGCUCAUUGGCAAAAUGUGCCAGGACAGAGGAAUGUAUCCCGUGCGUCCGGAAGAAAAUUGGAGCAUUACCCCUGAAGGAUACAUCGACGUGCCCGAUUACAAGGUCUACGGUCACUACGAGUACUGCAUGGACAUCUUUUACAACAGCUCCAACUACAAGGAAGGCCUUUAUCCUUUCGUGUGUUUCCCAAAGGAUAUUGACCCACCGUGUCGACUACGGUGCAGCAUUAAUAGCGUACUUCAGUUGACCAGCUGCGCAUUUUUGCUGACAACGUUGGUGGUCUACGUUUGCCUACCCGUUCUCCAGAAUCUCCAUGGCAAGACUCUCAUGUGCCAUGUCGGCAGCCUCCUUUUGGCUUUCGUUUGUCUGCUUUUGAUCUCCUGGCUGACUCCAGACAGUACUCCAGAGGAAUCGACAGCCACGGUAUCAUGCAAAUUUUUAGGCUACGCGAUGCUAUUCUCUUUCCUCUCGGCUUUCUCCUGGCUCAACGUCAUGUGCUUCGACAUAUGGUGGACUUUCGGCGGUUCGCGUGGAAACACAUCGACGAGAGGAAGAGGACACAGGAAAAGAUUUUUGUUGUACUGCGCGUACGCGUGGGGCCUGGCCUGCUUGAUUACCGUCCUAGGCAUCGUGGUCGAUCACACCGACUUUUUCCCAAAGUAUUUGCGGCCUACUAUCGGACGAGCAAGCUGUUGGUUUACAUCUGGAAGUAAUCUUCACGGUGAACUCUUGUUCUUCAUCGCACCGUUGACGCUUCAACUUCUAAUCAACAUCGUCUUCUUCGUUAUCACAUCUAUAAAUUGCAACAAGGUAAAGACUGAGAUAAACAGAGUGAUCACGGAUCCUUCGGACAUUAGAAACAAACGAUUUCAGGCCGAUCGAACCAAAUUGAUCAUGAAUAUAAAGCUGUUCAUCGUUAUGGGAAUAUCUUGGAUAUUAGAGAUUGUCUCUUACUUUCUCAACAAUUACGCCAAGGAUUUGAAAUGGCGCGAAGAAUUCUUUUAUGCUUCGGACACCUUUAAUUGCCUUCAGGGACUAUUGAUCUUCAUUCUCUUUGUUCUAAAGAGCCGCGUAUAUUAUGCGCUACGAAGAAGAUUGGGGUUUGAAGACAAGAAACGGUUGUCGAGCAACGCAACGACCGCCGUACACGACACUUGUAGGGUGAAAAACAGUGCUAGCAAUAGCACGCUUAUGUCUACGUUUCAAGUGAGCUUGACGCCAUGACGAAAACCGGACGAACAUUUUACAUAGAUCGAAGUAUUACACUUAAUCAGGGAUUUCUUCAAAGCGUGCGUUAUUUUUGCGCCUUUGGUUUAUGGCACUCCAACUUUUCAACUCUUCCGCUUUAAUAUUCUAUUAUUAUUACGUUGUACUACGCGUUCCACGAAGAGGAAAGAAGUAACAAAUUCGACCACAAAGAUCUUUGUGUAUAAAGUUAAGAAAAUGACGCCAUCGA